UUAAAAACACACACAAAUAUCAUAAAUCACUUCUUUUCAGAUUAUCAGUUUUUGCUUCUCCACACUGAACGCUGCCGUCGUUGCCAUGGUGCCAUCUUACCCAGAAUCCCUGUUAGAUGACUGAGACUGCUCCGUCUCUGCAGCAGCGUUCUCGUGUGUUUGUGUUUGCUCACUCGGCUGUGCGCAGGUGCACAUUUCAGUGAAACAUUUUAGGAGCUUAAACCAUCAUUAAGGGGAUUACAGAGAUUUAACAGGGACCCCCGCACCUCCACCUCCACCCCAUCUUUGGCAUUCCCUGCCCUUCUUCCCGCCUCCUCAAGGGCUCAGUCCUCUCACCUGACAAGGAUUUGCUCAGCAAUGUGAGCAAGUUUCUAAAACCUUUUUAACCAGGCACACAAACACACGUAAAAAAAAAAGAAAUACUGGGAUAAACUAGACAGACAGCAACCACAGUCAUCUCUAGUGCUGAAGAUUUGAAUUUGAUUGUACUUUUCUCUCAUUUCUAGCAGUGUUUAGGCCCCAUUUUUUGAUGGGGUCUAAACAAAGGACUGUGCUGUGCUGGGGGAUUGAGCGCUGUAGGCUUUCACAGCUCAUGUGGAGGUUUGCAGUCGGGGCAAAAAAGUGAACAAUGACAAAAAAAAUCAGGGGAACAUCUUUAAAAUUCCCUCACGGAUAAAAGGAUAUCUUCAGGAUCUUAUCCCAAAUGUUUUCAGCACAACAUCGGAGCCUUUAAGAAGAGGAGCGCACUGAGAGAGUAAAGAUGUCUGAACUCAGCCAAGUCGCUGUAUACCCUGACUCCUCAGACAUUUAUAAGAAUGUCUUCUGCAAUCCCGCCUUUGAGCUGGAGGGGGAGAAGGAGGAGAGGGUGGAGGGAUUCAGGACAUCCUCUUCUACUCCUGAGCCAAUCAAACCUCCAGCAGCAAGCCUAGUCUGGGGAUUUUUCGGUGUGUGUGUGAUGCGCGUGCGUGCUCCGGGCUGCGGUUGGGGGGUGGUAGUGGUCUCUGCUGCUGUCCUGCUCCUAUUAGCAGCCCUAGGACUGAUGCUGGUCCUCAUUCUCACACAGAUAAAAAGCCAGGGAGUGGAGGAUCAGGUGCUGACCACUGCCACUUCAGGCCUACAGCAUGCAGGAGAUGGACUGUCCCAAACAUUACCUACAGUCCCUAUCAAUAGAAGUAAAGAGGACAGUACAGCUGCACCACAACCUGCCAGAAUCCCUCCAUCUGAACCAAGCUGUGGAGGUGUUUUGACUGACACCGAAGGAAGUUUCAGCUCUCCAAAUCACCCUGCGUCCUACCCCCCAAACUCGCUGUGUGUGUGGGUGAUUCAGGUCUUGCCCCCCUACGUGGUCCAGAUUCAUGUCUCCUCUUUGACCGUGGAGGGACCCUCUCCUUGCCUGUUUGACUGGGUGGAGGUGCAGGAGCAGAUCGAGCAGACUUCUGUGGUUACCAGGUUCUGUGGUAACGUAGCGCCACCGACGGUCAACACAAACAGCAGUACGGUGUGGGUCACCUUCCACUCUGAUGGCAGCAUCGCAGGCAACGGCUUCACUGCCCAGUACAGGGCCGUACUCCCCGGACACAAAAGCUGCUCCAGAGAAGAGUUCAUGUGCGACGGCGGCCGCUGCCUGCUGCCCGUGUCUGUGUGCGACGGUCACCCAAACUGUCACGACCAGAUGGACGAGGCAAACUGCAGCCACAAGCACAAGGAAUGCGGUGGGCAGAAGAUUGGGCCUUAUGGUUACCUGGCAAGUCCAAACCACCCCGGGCCUUACCCUCACCAGCAGUUGUGUAUAUGGCAUAUAUCUGUUGAGGAGGGUCACGUGAUCACCCUGAGCUUCAGAAACUUCAGCCUGGAGACUCAGGAUGUGUGCGAGUUUGACUAUGUGGAGGUGCAUGACAGCGUCAGCACCGGAGCUGGAAGAGUCCUCGGAAGGUUUUGUGGUACCACCUUCCCCCCAGAGCUGACCUCCUCUGGCCCUCACAUGACAGUGGUGUUUGUGGCUGAUGAGGGAGUGGCCGACAGCGGCUUCAAUGCGACAUACCAGGCUGUGUCCGUGCUGGGCAGGACAUGCGGCCCCAGGCAGUUUGCCUGCAGCACAGGGGAGUGUGUUCAGCAGCAGUGGCUGUGCGACGGCUGGAACGACUGCCCCGAUGGUGCGGAUGAACAGGGCUGUGGCAACUCCACCUAUCCUCCCUUCACCUCGUCUUGUGAGCACAUUGAAGUAGAGAUGUGUCGGGGCCUCAGCUACAACUUCACCUCAUUCCCCAACAUCUGGCUGUCCAUUGCUGACCAGAGAGAAGCUGCCACCCUCCUGGGACAGUAUCGGGUGCUGAUGGAGCUGGCGUGCUUCGAGCCUCUGCAGAGGCUGGUUUGUGGGAUGUUUCUGCCCCAGUGUAGUCCUCAGGGCGGCGUCCUCCAACCCUGCCGCUCAGUCUGCUCCUCGGCCGAGCAGCAAUGCAGCCAGGCCCUGGAUCUCUUUUCCUUCAGCUGGCCCUUCAACUGCCACCUUCUCCCAGACUCACAGGACCCCUUGGAGUGCUCACUGCCUUGAAGCUGGGACAGUCCAGUUACCUUUGAGAUCAUAUCAGGCCCAGGCAGGAAAUACCUGAGCGUUCGAGGACCUUACUUGCCUUAGUGGAAACAAAGGUUUACAGUUUUAAACACAGUUUGUAAUACAUGUGCUCAGUAUAUAUGAGACCAGAUGCAGUUUAAAAGUAGACAGCUAAGUAAAAUGAAAGCUUUCAAUCCCCGACGGGAAUCAGAUUGUUUUACUGUAAAUUGCCAUAUUUAUUUAAUGCUUUGAUGUCACUCUUGUAAAUUAAAUAAACCAUGCAGAGAAAAUAUGUUUAAAACAAACUUUAUUGCAUUGUUCUUCAACACACCACAUCACUCCUAAAUACUCGGAUUACUUCAGUUGAUCUAAUGUUAGCUAACACAGGAAACGGCCUGUCACAGCGGUACUUUGCUGCCCUGACAAACAUUUAACAAUUCACAGUCACGUGACAUAAUUGAUCUGAGAAAGCAACUCACUGAUUUUAUUUCAGCUCAGGUGGUAACUUUUAAUAUAGAAAUAAUUAAAAGAAUUUCAAGACUUACUUAAAAACUUAAAAGGUUCAAAUAAGAAUUACUCGUAGAAUUAUAACGUUGACUCAGCAGGUUCACGUUCUUACUUAGAAAAGCUUCCAACACCUGCUUUUCAUGUUUAAACACUCAUACAAAUUUAAGGCUCAGAAAGUGCACUAGCAGAAAGAGCUUCUUCCUCGCUCUAAUUAA